AUGCCCCACAGGCUGGAGAAGAUGGAAGGACAAGUGGUAGGCCGGGUUCUCAGGCUCUUCCGCAACCGGCUACCCCAACUUCAAGCAGGAUCUUCCCAGGACAAUGCAGGGGAAGCGGUAAAGGAACCUGAAAGGGCCCAGGAGCACUCCCUAGCCAACUUUGCUGGAGGACAGCACUUCUUUGAGUACCUUCUUGUGGUGUCUCUCAAAAAAAAGCAUUCUGGGGAAGAUUACGAGCCUACAAUCACCUAUCAGUUUCCCAAGCGGGAGAACCUGCUCCGAGGUCAACAGGAGGAGGAGGAGCGGCUGCUCAGUGCCAUCCCCUUGUUCUGCUUCCCAGAUGGGAAUGAGUGGGCACCUCUCACUGAAUAUCCCAGGGAGACAUUCUCCUUCGUUCUGACCAAUGUGGAUGGGAGCAGGAAGAUUGGAUACUGCAGGCGCCUCUUGCCCGCCGGCCGUGGCCCUCGCCUUCCCAAGGUGUACUGCAUUCUCAGCUGCAUCGGCUGCUUCGGCUUGUUCUCCAAGAUCCUGGAUGAAGUGGAGAAGCGGCAUCAGAUCUCCAUGGCGGUCAUCUACCCAUUCAUGCAGGGCCUCCGAGAGGCGACCUUUCCUGCUCCUGGGAAGACUGUCACUCUCAAGAGCUUCAUCCCCGACUCAGGCACUGAGUUCAUCUCUCUGACACGACCGCUGGACUCCCACUUAGAACACGUGGAUUUCAGUUCUCUGUUGAACUGUCUCAGUUUUGAGCAGAUUCUGCAGAUCUUUGCCUCUGCAGUGCUGGAGAGAAGAAUCAUCUUCCUGGCAGAAGGUCUCAGCACCCUGUCCCAGUGCAUCCAUGCUGCUGCUGCACUGCUCUACCCCUUCAGCUGGGCACACACCUACAUCCCUGUUGUCCCCGAGAGUCUUCUGGCCACUGUCUGCUGCCCCACCCCCUUCAUGGUUGGAGUGCAAAUGCGGUUUCAGCAGGAGGUUAUGGACAGCCCCAUGGAAGAGGUCCUGCUGGUCAAUCUUUGUGAAGGAUCCUUUUUAUUGUCGGUUGGUGAUGAAAAAGACAUUUUACCACCCAAACUUCAAGAUGACAUCUUAGACUCUCUUGGUCAGGAGACUAAAGAGUUACAGACUUCAGAACAAAUCAAUGAACACGUUUCAAGCCCUUUUGUGCAGUUCUUUGUCAAGACCGUGGGCCACUACACUUCCUAUAUCAAGCGGGAGGCAAAUGGGCAUGGCCACUUCCAAGAACGGUCCUUCUGUAAAGCUCUAACCUCCAAGGCCAACCGCCGGUUCGUGAAGAAGUUUGUGAAGACACAGCUCUUCUCCCUUUUCAUCCAGGAAGCUGAGAAGAGCAAGCAUCCCCCUGCAGGCUAUUUCCAACAGAAAAUACUUGAAUAUGAAGAACAGAAGAAACAGAAGAAAUCAAGGGAAAAGACUGUGAAAUAA